UUCCGUGAGGCAGUCCGAGAAGAGAAGCGAGCCGCUCGUUAGCAGCAUGUUGUUCAGGUUAGUUAGCUAGUUAAACGACAUUAACCGACUAGUUAAUGAACUCGGCAAGUCGCGUGAUGCCAGAAGGGGUAACUUCUCGCGGUGUUUGCAGAGCAGCGAGCGCGCCAUGACCGUCCGCUUCAAGAAUCAGACUGAAUAUCGGAGGAUCUUCGGUGCUUCCCGCUCCAGGAGUGCGUCUCCUCAGCGCUGCGCGCCGCUGGCCGGCUUUCGCUCGAACCAGAUGGCUUCCAGGAGCCGCUCAGCCCACAGGAGGGAAACCUUCCUGGACCCCAAAGCACCAACGCCUCCUGGAGCAAAUCCCGGGUCCCCAGCAGAGCCGGAACCUCCGACAGGACCGCGACCUGCCGCAGAGACUGGAGCUCCAGAGAGGCCCAAACCUGCUGAAGAACCUGCAGCUAAUGGAAAAUCUGUGAAGCCCCGCCCCUCCCAGCCUGACAGCCAACCGCAGCCCAGCCAAACUGUGACAGCGGCAUCUGCCGGGCAGCCAGCGACGUCAGGAGCCGAGGUCGAUCAUGCACCGAUGCGGAAGGUGAGGCUGACAUCGGGAGGGGAAAGGUCAGGAGGGCAGCGGUCAGAGUAUCGCAGACAGUUUGGGUGGAAGAAACCGACAUCUGCUGCUUCGCCCAUACUGACCGCAGAGCAGGCGCUGCACUCCAGCAGCAUGUCUGUCCCACCCUUCAAGGCAAAACCCGUCCCCAUGGAGACAGAGUAUCAGCGCAGCUUCCAGGGUCUGGCGCCACCUGCUGGCCCGCGCCUUCGGAAACACCUGGAACAUCAGCGAGUCCCGCUCUUCCACACAUACAAGGUCAACAGGAGGAGGAGGGAGGAGUCCCAGAAGAAGCCCCGCCCCCAACAGGAUGCCCCUCAGAGAUAUGAUGCACCACCGAAGGCCACGCCCUCUCCUCCUCGUCCUCCUCAGGUGCAGAGAGGAUACAGGAUGCUGACAGAGUAUCAGUCCAGCUUUCGUUCUCCCCUCUACAGGAUCCCGGAGGGGGGCGGAGCCACGGACAGUGUCGCCCAUCAGGUGUGCUGCUCAUUCGACAGAUGUGGUGUGUCAGAAGCACGCCUAACCCUAACCCCGAGCCUGGAAACCUUACUUCAGGUGAAGGAGCUGAGGCAGAAGGCUUUGUUGUACCGCCAUCGCGCCUGGGGGGCCAACUUCUCCAGAGACCACCUGAGCCAGCUGGUCUCCGAACACAACGCUCUGUGGGAGCCGACGGACACCACGGUCUCAGCUACUGACCCCGCCUCCCCUACCCUGACCGCUGACCCCUCACCUGACCCCGACAGCCACAGCACUUCCUGCGUGGAGCCCCUGGACCUGGCCAGUCAUUCCAGUAAGAGGUCCUCGAUCGCGGGCUCAGAAACUCGCCACGUGAAUAAGAACACGCAGACAAAAGAAGACGCAGCUCCAGGUCCUCCUGCUGAGCACCGUACAGCCUGGGCAGAAGAAGGAGACCAAGAAGAAGAAACCACAGAUGAAGAGGAAGGAAGGCUGCCAACUCCUGAGAUGAAAAUGAGGCCAGUUCAGAGGACUCAUCAUGACCUCACCACACCUGCCAUGGGAGGCGCUAUACUGGUUGGAAAAUUGAGGCGUGCUGAUGAAUGUUCUCCGUUCAAACAGCAGAGAGCUGGGUCAGCCGUUUCCAUGGCAGCACUGUCACCAGAAACACCAGUCAAGCGUAAGGAGGUGUGGUCAGACAAUAUCCCUGUCUCCUUUAGCCCCGCCCUCAACCACAAACCAUCCACCAGUCCUAAACCAUCCAGAACAAAGCCAACGUCUCCACCUCCUGCUGCCCCGCCGCCUCUUGUCCCGCCCCCGCAGCACGGUUUCCAGGGUACCCUGAGACACCCGGACUUCCAGCACAACGGCGAGCUGGGUUUGAGGUUCAGGGAGCUGCCGUGUUCGGGCGGAGGCUGCGGCUCAGACGAAGACGACCGGCUCUCCGUGAUGUCGUGGCGCUCAGCGGCCUCCUGCUCCAUGGCGUCCGAUGUCCUGGAGCGCGCUCAGAAGAGGCGGGAGGAUUUCUGGGGGAAGAGAUGACUUUGUGGCAGCAGUGUGUUUUGUGUGUAGUUAGGAUGAUGUGUUUUUAUAGAUUAAUUUAAAUAGAGAAUUGUGUAUUUUUAUAGAUUCCUGUAAAUGUGAUCUUUGAGAGAAAUACAGAUGAAAAUGAAAA